GUACAAACUCAUACAAUCACUCUUACAACCCCAAAAAAAAAACACUAAACUUCUAAAGUUCUAAAUCUUAACAUCCACCGUUAGGGGCGGCAGUCAUGGCUUCGGUGGCGGCAUCGACAGCGGCGGCGUGUCUAGGAAAGUCUGAAAUGUUGGGAAACACAUUCAACUUAAGAAGUGCUACUUCCGCCCCUAGUAGUACUACUAGUGUUGGUCCUUCUAAGAUUGUGGCUCUUUUUGGUAAGAAAAAGGCGGCUGCUCCUCCUGCUAAGGCUAAGGCUGCUGCUGUUUCGUCUGCCGAUGAUGAGCUUGCUAAGUGGUAUGGCCCUGACCGAAGGAUUUUCUUGCCUGAGGGUCUUUUGGACCGUGAUGACAUUCCUGAGUACCUCAACGGAGAAGUUCCCGGAGACUAUGGUUACGACCCUUUUGGUCUUGGAAAGAAGCCUGAGGACUUCGCCAAAUACCAAGCAUAUGAGUUGAUCCACGCCCGUUGGGCUAUGCUUGGAGCUGCCGGGUGCGUUAUCCCCGAAGCCUUCAACAAGUUUGGUGCUAACUGUGGUCCUGAAGCUGUUUGGUUCAAGACUGGUGCCUUGCUUCUAGAUGGAAACACCUUGAACUACUUUGGAAAGCCUAUUCCCAUCAACCUUGUUGUUGCUGUUGUUGCUGAGGUUGUUCUCCUUGGUGGAGCUGAGUACUACAGAAUCAUUAAUGGCUUGGAUUUGGAAGACAAGCUUCACCCAGGAGGCCCAUUUGACCCAUUGGGCUUAGCCAAUGACCCAGACCAAGCAGCCUUGUUAAAGGUGAAGGAGAUAAAGAAUGGUAGGCUGGCAAUGUUUUCAAUGUUCGCCUUCUUUAUUCAGGCUUACGUGACAGGCCAAGGCCCAGUUGAGAAUCUGGCUGCUCACCUUAGCGACCCAUUCGGUAACAACUUGCUCACUGUCAUUUCUGGAGCUGCUGAAAGAGCUCCCACUCUAUAAUCUCUUCUUAGUGCCCACUUUUUAUUUGUACAUUUUCAUCCAAUUAAAAAAAAACCUACAUUUUGCAUGAGGAAUGUUAAUGUUAAUGUUAAUCUGUCUACUACUAUAAUUUUCAGAUGAGACCUAAUUGUGUUUUCUCUUAUAUAGUGUGAUGCCGUUACCUAUUUAUUAA